UGACGCACUUUAACAAACCUCCUCCUCAUGGAUUAGCUUACUACUGGGGUGACACUGUAACAAACCCCCUCCUCAUGCUGCUGGCUGAGCGAGUUGUUCGGAUGCUGGUUGUCUAACUUUCUUGCGGCAAGCAGAGCGGCGCCCCCAUCAAGAGGGCGCUUUGGGCGGCUGCCUAUUUUGCUUAUAGGCAGAGCUGGCCCUGAUUCCUGGGUUUUGCCUGUCCAUGACUUUUUCCAGGCACUGGAAGAAGAAGAAAGAGAAUAUGGGAAUUACCUUACAGCUUACCCAAUAGUUUUCAGUCACAUACAUUCACAUUCAUAACCUGCCUUCUAAAUUGCAUGCCGAGGUUGGGACAAGAUAUGUGUGCCUGAAGUCAGCGGAGAUGACAGACUCUGAUACAGGGAUAUGGAAGGAUUGGAAUGGCGCCAUCCUCUUUUGUGUGAAUAUAACCUGUCUCAUUGUCGCAUAUGUGACAUUAAAGAGAAGAAUAGAUGCUCAUGUUUGCCAGAAGUGUACCAAAGAACAUGAACUGAUCCAAUCCAUAGGUAACCCCAUCAGAGGGUCAUCUUCAGGCAUAACUCAGGCAGAGGCUAAAGAUGCUCAUUGUCAGAAGUAUAUCAAUCAACAUGAACUGAAUCAAUCGAUAUGUAACUCCAUAAGAAAAUCAUCUUUAGCCGUUACUCCAAUAACUCAAGCAGAGGAAGACAGUGAGACUGACAGUUCUGAAACAUCAGACUAUUCUGAUACUGAAGAAAAACAGGACACCUCAAAGUUACAGACUAUAACCUAUACAACAGUCCAUUUCAACAACAAAAAGCAAGUUACUGAUUAUGAGAACAUUGUGGAAACUCCUGACUAUGUAAAUGUUGACCUCGAUGGUACUACUGGGAAGAACAAGAAGUUGAAGAAGAAAGUUCAAUCAGUAGAUUACACAACUGUUGUCCCUAUGUCAGUUCCCUUUAAAAGACCAUCUCAUCCACAAGACUCAUCUCCAUCACGAAAGCUGCUGUAAAUAAAUUGACCUCCCCCACCUUCUCAAAAUGUUAGCAAAGCAACCAUUUUCCUCAGCCUGUUUUUCAAUCCAAACUUUUAUAAUCAUCAGUUUAUAUUGCAUAUUAUCCUACAACUGUUCCUUUUAGCUCCCCAUGACAAUUUCUAUAUUGUAUUUUAUUAUAUCGUGUGCUAUGUCAGUAUGGCCAUAGACGUCCAUUACAUUUUAUAUAUUUAUAAAACUAAUACCCUUCCAUGUUUGUGUCCAAAGAGAAUUGCCCACCUUUUUGUUUGUGUAUAUACAGUGGGUCCAAACCUAGUAUAUUUGUCUACUGGCAGUUGAAGUGGUAUAAUAGAUGACUAAGGGAAUGUUUAAAUGUACAUAAUCUGCUGCGAGUUUUGAGUUGCAGAUUUUAUAAUGGAUUUACCACCAUAAAAUCUGCAGCAGAUUAUAUAAAUGUAAAUGUACCCUAUUGGUGACACCCUUAUACUUGAUGCACAGAGCAGUUCUGUGUGCACAGGGACAUAUGGCUGAAUAUUUUCUGUAUUACACUCCACAUGAAACACAAUUUGGUGUAGAAAGAAUUAGGUUGUGUUCGCACAUAGUUUUCAGUCUCCUCUUUUUAUCUGUUUUUUUGCUGGUGUCUUUUGCUUAAACAACAGUUAUCUUUUUCUAAAAUAAUAGCAAUUAAAUAGUAGUACAAUGUGUACAUUACCAGCUGUUUUCCAUUGUGUUCCAUUAAACUCAAAAC